AUGCGCCUCCUCACGCUCCUUAUCCUCGCGUCCGCCGCUUUGGCAGACAAGGACGGCGGAGGCAACAAGUGUCGUUCCCCGCCCUCUGCGGCGCCGUUUUGCACAUCUCACGCCGACGCCGUCCGCGCCCUCGCGUCCCUUCCGGCCGCUCACGACUUUUGCGCCUCCCUCGGCGUGGCGGCGGCCCUCACGACGACGGUCACGCCGCCAACGGUGACCGCCACCUCGACGCUCCACCCGACGGCCACUGUCGACGACACGGUCACCACCACGUCGGACACGACAGCGACGGAGGGCACGACGCUGACCCUCGACUCGACGAGCACGAGCGUGCACGAGCUCGACGUGACCGCCACCACUGCGACGACAGCGACGUCCACCGCGGUCGUGCCCGCCACGGCGACGGCCACGCUCGAGACCACUGCCACUGUCGAGCUGGUGCAGGUCGUCACUGCGUGGACUACCGCCACGACCACGACCACGCUCACGACGACCGUCACGCAGGCUGCGCCAACGGCAGCGCGGCGGCGCUCGACUCCGCGCAGGCACGACGACGACAACGGCGGCGUGCCCCGCCAGCUGAGGGACUACGACGCCGACACGCUGCGCCGUGCAUGUGCGUGCCUCGCGCCGGUAACCGUCACUCUGCCCGCCCCGAAGUCGACGACCGUGAUCGUGCAGACCGACGCGACGAAGACGUCCUUCAGCACCGCCUUCGCGGGCGCCACAAAGACGCUCACGAACACGCUCACCGUCACCUCUGCCGCCGUCGCGACGUCCGUGUCGACCAAGACACUCACGGCGACAACGACGUCCACUACGACUCUGACGGCAACUGAAACACUCGCGACCGUGACCAGCACGCACGACAACGUGGCGACCGCGACGAGCUUCAGCACCCUGACUGACACGGCCACAGCGACAGCAACGGCGACGCUCACGUCCACCGUCGCGCCACCCGCCGUGCCGGUGUGCGGGGCCAACCUGCUCCAGAACGGCGCGUUCCAGACCGGCAUGGGUGGGUGGACGUUUGUGCCGACCGGCGGCGUGCAGUCGAUGGUCCAGAUCAAGUGCGGCGCCAGCCUCGAGUGUCUCUCGGUCUCGGGGCAGGCGCUGGACGGCGGCUUUGCGCUGUCCCAGACUGUCCCUGUCGCCCCCGGCACGACCUACACGGUCGCGUUCCAGCUCGAGAACUCGUACAUCCCCAACCCGGGCCAGGUCAUCCUCGGGUGCGAGUUCCACGGCGGGUCUGGUCCUGCGCUUUCCAUCGACCUCCACUACGCCGCCACGACGUGGAGCACGUUUACCAGCUGGUUUGUCGCGUCCAGCAGCUCGGUGACCCUCUCGUGUGGUGUGGUGAAUGCCCAGGCGCCGGUGCUGUUCAGGCUCACCAACUUUGACCUGCGCUGCUGA